CGUUCGAGUUUAGUCAGCCCGAGCUUGCGGCAUAUUGCUGAACAGAAAAGGUUACCAGCACACCGCAACGAGGGUCGUUUUCGUGACAAACAAUACGGUCUGAGGCGGUGGGCGCCGGUUACUAUAGAAACAGUGAGGCGCUCUGACCGCGAGCGCAACUUCUCAGAAAUAAUAGCUUCUCUGACUUUUCUCGGAGCUAGCGCUAACUCUACAGCUUUAGACGUUUGGUGAUUUAGGAGGUAAACAAGUCUUGAAAUGCUAAGAAGACGAAGAUAUUGAUACUUUUAGUUGUUUUACUUAAAGUUACGUGGCGGUUUUCCGACGACUGAGCAGGUUUAGGGGGGCUUUAUCUUCGAACAGCCCUGAGGAAAUUUAGCAGCUGCAACCACAAAAGCCUCUUCCUGUUCCCUUCGACGUUAUGAUGAGAUGCAUGUUCACAUGGUCUUAACAAUGGAAACUGUUGAUUAGAGCUUGGAAGAAUUAGUGAAGGGGAUUUACGCUACUAACACCACACACACAUACACAAGUACUCAGGAAAAAAGCUUGCAACAAAGAGAGCAAUGAUGUUCUUUAACAUCAUCCAGUGGUUCUCUGUUAUCCUGUGCUGUGGAUCCUAUAACAUUUCUGCUGUCACAUCUUCCACCUGCAGUCUCUCCCAAGUAGGCAAAAUUUCUUGGAUUGGACAAAAUCAGAGUCAUGUCUGAAUUCCCACACGGCCAGACUAUGAAUGUUGUCUGCAAAAACUCAGACGAUAAGGGGAGGCAGGCCCAGCCAGAGUCGCAACCGAGGAAGGAUGAGAGAAAGGAAUCGGGAUUGGCAUCUGCUGCAGUGCUGGAAAAGACCCAGGAGUUUUUCCAGAUCUGUGACAGCGAGAGCAAGGGCUACAUAACACGGACUGAUAUGAGGAAGUUGCACAGGGAGUUGCCGCUCUCUUCAGGGGAAUUGGAGAAUGUCUUUGACUCACUGGACUCAGACAGAAAUGGCUACCUUACUCACACAGAGUUCUCCUCUGGAUUCAGUAACUUCCUUCAUGGACGCAGAAUGAGUGAAGUAGAGGAUCAAGUCAGAGGUCUCAUGCAGAAGGUUCCAGAAGCUCUGUACCAAGUUGAACCACAAGCAGAGAAAGAGGAUGAUGAGGAGAGACACUUCAGCAUGUUGAUGGAGAGCCUGGGUGCUAGCAAUGUCUUUGAAGAUCCCAGUGAAGUGCGUGAGCUGUGGGCUCAGCUCAGAAAAGACGAGCCUCACCUGCUGUACAACUUUGAAGAAUUCCUGGCCCGCGUCACAUCCCAAAUAAGAGCAGUCCAACAAGAGAGGAAGGAGAUGGAAAGUGCCCUCAGAAAGAAGGCCGCAACACAUGAUAGUGAAAUCCAGCGGUUAUACGAGGAAAUGGAGCAACAGAUGAAAAAUGAAAAAGAUCGACUGCUUCUCAAGGACUCAGAACGUCUGCAGCUGCGUAGUCAGGAUCUGCAACAACAGCUUAGCAGCAAAGAGCAGGAGCUUGAGCAGCUCUUUCUCAAACAAAGGAGGUUGGAGCAUCAAUGUCGAGAGCUGCACAGUGAGCAGCAGGAGAGUCGGGUUGAGAACAUAAAACUGAAAAUGACCAAUGAGGAACUCUCACGCGAGUUGGAGCACACAUGUCAUGAGCUCUCAUUGGCUCAAGAACAGCUAACCUUUCUACAGGAAAAGGCCUCAAGGCUACAGCAAGAAAGAGAGAUGGAGAUGUACAGAAUCACAGAGGGACUCCAGAGGGAGAAGCAAAGCCUAAUGAAACAGUUAGACCUGCUCAGAGAAAUGAAUAAACAUUUAAGAGACGAGCGAGAUGUCAGUUCUUCAAAACGAAGUAACUCGUUGAAGAAACUCUCUCACACACAGCAAGCAGCCUCAACCCUAAUAAUGCAUUCUGACAAAAAAAAGACUACUAAAAGUGAGGUUGGCACAGAAGAAUUGACUCAGAAUGCACACAGGAAAACGUCCACCAUGGUGAAUGGCUGUGGCCCAAAUUCAACAUGUGAGGCCCAGCAGACUGCAGAUGAGGGUUCAGUGUCUGGGAGUCCAGGGCUGGAUGUGUUGGAUGAUCCCCCAGAAGGCUGGCCUUUGCGUAGGGUUAUCUCCAUCGAGGAGGACCACCUCCCACACCUGCUACAAGGAGAGCCUCAACCUUUACUCCACCAGCUGAGUGAGUUACAGAAGAGAGGAGAAGACGAAACCCAGAUUGAACUGAACAUGAGCCCUAUUUAUUCCUCAAACGUUUCCCUAGCCUCUGCACAUUCACCUCCACCUGCCCAAGUGAAACCCUUCUCUAAACGGAAAGGAGGAAGAGGAGGUGUCCCCUCCUCACCCAGGGGCCAACCAGUGGGCAAGGAGACUUUGCAAAAGGUUCCAGUGGAGGGUGCUGUGGCUGCCCCUCAGCGCCUUUUUAAGGUCGUUCUUGUGGGCAACUCAAGUGUGGGCAAAACAGCUUUUCUGCGUCGCUUCUGUGAUGGACGUUUCCAUUCGGCCACUGCAGCUACUGUGGGUAUUGACUACAGAGUGCGGACUCUUAAUCUGGAAGAUAGUCAUGUGGCACUUCAGUUGUGGGACACAGCAGGUCAGGAGAGGUAUCGGAGUAUUACCAAACAGUUUUUCCGCAAGGCUGAUGGUGUGGUGGUGAUCUAUGACGUAACCAUGCACAGCAGCUUUAGGUCAGUGCGCCCCUGGCUUGCCAGCAUACAGGAAGCAGUGGGGGACCCUAUUCCAAUCAUGCUCCUUGGCAACAAAUCAGACAAGGAGAAUAUGAGAGAGGUGCCGGCUAAAGAGGGGAAAAGGCUAGCUGAGGAAACAGGUCUGAUGUUCUUCGAGUGCAGUGCUUACACAGGUUACAAUGUGCUAGAGGCCAUGUUACAUCUAGCCAGAGUGCUGAGGGAGCAAGAGGACAGAGUGUGGGAGAGUACAGUGCGGCUGGUGGAUCAACCAGUGAAGAAGAAAUCCUGCUGCAAGUGACCACACUUGCACACGCAUACUCUUUCCAUAGACUUCAGUGUAACUGUACUUACAUGCUGCUCUUCCCACAGUUAAACCCAACCCUAAACCUAACUUCGGAAACCAAAAGGAAAUCUUUUGACUUGUAUAAGACAUAAUGUGACUGUGACAAGAAGAGAGGAACUUACAAUCUCUCUCUUCUGUUCACUACUUUGUCUAUAAGCUGGUAUUUGGUUAACAGAGUGUAACAAAAACACAUUUCUUUGCCUUUUGUUGUGCAGAGAAAUAAGUUGAUUUGAUCAUAUCAGUAAUGAGGAUAGAUGAUAAAAAGCUGUGGUCUGCUCAUGAAAAUUAUAUUUUAAAUAUUUUAUAUGCUGUUAAAAAUCAACAAACAAAAUUCAGUCUAGCAAUUAAUGUAACAAUAAUAAAACAAAAAAUAGUGUGAUAUUCAGCAGUUGCUUCUGUUUACACCCUAAAUAGGAUGUGCAAGCAAAGAAGCACACCAGCAAUGAAGAGUAUUUUGUUUGUUGGCUACAAGCAUUAAUCUCCUGUGUCAGCUUUGCUAGAAAACACUCCUAGUAAAACCUUUAUAUAAAGAUGGAUACAAACUGAGUUGUAAAAUAUUAGAAACAUUUCUGUUCUUUCAGGAUUUUAUGUUAUUCUGUGUAUGCAUAUUGUUAUCUGAAUGACAAUGUUAUAUUAAAUAAAACCUAUUUUUGGUUAUUUGUAAUUCAAUCUUGUGAUGCUGAAGUAAAUGUAGUAGAAAUAGCACUCAUUUACUCAUCUCUGAUUUAUUUGCCUGUUCUUACCCCAGAUUUCCAAGAAACUUAACAAAUGUUUGCUUAAAAUGUUAAAAUUAUGUGCCAAAAAUAUUAAACAUUGACCUUAAAAAAA